UCAAACAAUCAAGGCUCGAGAUGUUCGGCACGAAAUCCAACCUUCCCAACACCUUCUAACCCACUAAACGGACAAGCCCUAAGGUUACGGAGGGAGAGGGACAGAAACAGAGAGACGAGAGACUGAAAACUCUCUACAUAUCAAAUCCUACAAUAAAACACUACAAAAUCUCCAAAUCAAGGAAGCAAAAGCUGUUUUUUGGUGUUGUAAGUCAGUUAAUACAUCAAAAACCGAUCUUGGGAAACAACGAUGGGGAAGAGAAAAGAGCGCCGCCUCGCAGCUCUAGCAAACUCCGGUCGCCGUGUUAAGCUCGAUCUUUCACCGGAACCCUCUGGAGAUUUGGGUGGCUCCUCUGAACAUGACAAAGUUGGAGAGGAUAUAGAACCAACAAAACAUCCUGGGUUACCCAAGUCACCAUCAUCUUCAGGUCUACAACCACAGAAUCCUCUUCAAUUACUUGGGCAGUAUAGUGAUGACGAAUUGGCCGAGGAGUCAUUUAAAAGUUCUAGCAAGGGAAUUUUGGAUGCAUCUGUUUCUGACAAUAAUAACCUGGAUAAAGGACCACUUGGUGAAGGAUGGGAAAAUGUAGAUGCCAAUGCAGUCAAAAACCUUGCUUCUCAUAACAAUGUACAACAGGAGCCGAAUGGGGAUUCUAUUGACGUUUCCAAGACCUUGGAAAGUGAUGUCACUAGAACUACUGACGCUACUGAUUAUGAUGACCUACACAAAGAAUUGGGUUCCACAGAGCAUAAUUUCAUUGCUGGAAGUUCUAGUAAUGCUCAAGGCUGGAAAGUAAUAAUGCAUGAGCAGAGCAAUCAAUACUACUACUGGAAUACGGAGACCGGUGAAACUUCUUGGGAAGUACCUGAUGAUUUGGCUCAAAGAACCGAAUUGAUGUUUGAACAGAAGACUAACAUAGAUGAAAAUACAGAGAUUGCUUUAGUGGGUUCAGAUGUGUCCGAUUUAAAUACAGUCGCUUCCACGGCUGCAACAAAUAUUGAUGGCUCAGCAGGUGCAGAUUUGAUUUCUCCCAGCAGAGUAGUGGAUUAUGAUGGUCCCCAUUUAGAUGAGCAAAGUUUGAGAACUGAUUCGAACCAAAUUGAUUUAAAAUGCAAACCAGAUACAAUAAAUGCCCUUUUGGAUCAUGAGGGUUUAGCUGGUGCUGACAACCGUAUACAUGAUGCGGUAGCUGAAGAAGAAUGUAACGAAGGGGUCAAUCUUUCAGCUCAUCUUGUGAAUCUGUGCAACUGUUUGCUGGAGAGACUGAAGUCACUCGAAGGGUAUGGGGGCCAGCUAGAACUUCAUGGCUGGAUGUCAAAGUAUAUGUUGGAAAUCGAGAUUAGACUUUCUGAUAUAAGGUCUCUUAUUUCUUAUGGCUCAUCUGUACUUCCCUUUUGGAUGCAUUCGGAAAGGCAGCUUAAACGACUGGAAGAUGCCAUUAAUCAUGAAAUAUACCAGCUUGCUAUAUCUGCACAAAUGGAUGUAGUUGAAGUGACCUCCCAUUCUGUUAGAGAAAAGGACAAUUUAGAGGGAACCAAGGGGCUUGAAUCAGGCUCAGAGGAACAUGGAAACCAUGCUGUUUAUCCUACUCGUGAAUUAGGUCUUGUUUCCACUGGUGUAGACUCCUCACCAGCAGCUGACAGCAAUAUAUGCAAUGAAAAUCCUUACAGUAAUGUUGCAUAUGAUGGACAUGUCUCUUCUUUUGAAUCACCCACUAGGGAUUUGGUCAAUAGUGCCAUCGAUGGUGAACAAUCUAAUGACACUGCUCUUCCUGGUGAACCAAUUUCUGAGCCUGGUUACCAAGCCGGGGAAGAUGUUGACAUGGAUGUGGACAUGGAAGUUGAAGAUGCAAUCACUACUGGAAAUAUGGCUGUUGGAGAUGCCUCACAUGCUGGAGAAUUUUCUGCACUUCCUCCAUCUGAGCUACUAAUCCGGCCAAAUCCACCUAUGGAGUACCAUUCAUUGGUGUCUGAUGAUUCAUCAAUUCAUCCACCUCCUCGAGAAGAAGGAUGGAUUCCCCCACCUCCACCAGAUGAUGAUGAGGUUCCUCCACCACCUCCAGAUAAUGAUGAGGUUCCUCCACCCCCUCCUGAUAAUGAACAGGUUCCUCCACCGCUUCCUAAUGAGCCUCCUGACCCUUCAUAUCCUCCGCUGCCAUCUUAUUUGGGGACUGAACCACCUUUCUCCUACACUGGACAAUACAGUAUAACUUACCCAGAUUCUAAUUUUCAGUACUAUGGACACACGGUUACUGAUGUCUCUGGUAAUAAUUUCUAUGGACAUGCUGAUGGAUAUCAAGUUGCUGUGCCCCAAACAACAUUAUAUUAUAAAGAAGUUCCAAACACUUAUCAUGAAACUGCUCCAGUCAUAGUCAACCCUGUUGAGCCUGUCCCAUAUGUUCAAGAUGAAACUUUACCUCCUGUACCUGGAACUUCAAGUGUAGAAUACUCACAGUUUCAUAGUGAAUCCGGUUCCAAGAGUAGUAUGAUUUCUUCUGAUCACACUGCAUCUGUUGAUGCUGUUAGUGAUGUGGGAUCAACUGUGAAUGUGGAUAUAUCUGCUGUUCGUGGAGAGGCUGUGACGGCAUCACUAUCGGUCCCUUUUAAUUUGGCCACCGUCCAAGCUUCUACAUCUGUCUUACUAAAGGAAGGUGGGUCUGCACUGGGAGCUGGUGCUAAUGCAGCGGUUGUUGUGUCGUCAACAACUUCCGAUGUUCAGUCUAAGGUUUUGCGGAGUAAAAAGCGGAAAGUAGCUUCUGCAGCCUCCUUGAGGUCUAAUAAGAAGGUCUCUAGCUUGGUGGACAAGUGGAAAGCUGCCAAAGAGGAGUUGAAUGAGAGCGAGGAAGAUGAACCUGAAAAUGCUCUUGAGAUCUUAGAGAAGAAGCGGCAAAGAGAAAUCAAGGAAUGGUAUGCUCAGCAAAUAGCAAGUGGAGAGGCCAGGGACAAUGCAAAUUUUCAGCCUCUGGGAGGAGAUUGGCGUGAGAGGGUGAAGCGUAGGAGAGCUAAAGCAGCCAAGGAAACAGCUAAUGAGACUCCAGCACAGACACCUAUUCGUGAAAACCAGCAGCCUGAUUUAGCCGAAGUCUCAAGGAAUCUUCCUUCUGGAUGGCAGGCUUAUUUGGAUGAAACCACUAAACAGGUUUAUUAUGGAAAUACAAUCACCUCAGAGACAUCUUGGACCAGACCAACAAAAUGAGCCAUAAUUGAAAUUAACAGAUUGAAUCUUGUUACUGGUUGAUCUCGUUUGUAAGCUGGCCGUUCUCCCGAGGAUUCCAGGGUUAAAUGCUUUCUUUUUACACUUCAGUUUUGUCUCGGACAUGGUUAUGAUGGUCUCAUGGAAGGAGAGUACAGAAUAAGAGUCUUUGAUGUAGUCAAUAUAUUAUCAGAUAUCGCAAACUAGUUGUUCUUUCCUU